AUGCUAGAAUUGAAGGAGAAGUGCAUCCACCCUGUUACAGGGAAGCCCUACAUUGUCUCAAGCGUGGGCGGCAAAGAGUGCUCAGUUGAAGGAAUCGCGGACGGCAUUACUCACGCCUUCGUGGUCGGUUUUGCGUCGGUCGCAGAUCGGGAUUAUUAUGCCAAGAAGGACCCGGCCCAUCUGGAUUUCGGUGCCAGUCUGACGCCCAUCGUACAAAAGGUCCACGUCGUGGACAUUGAACACGGAGUUUACUAA